UGAUGAUGAUGAUGACUUUGAGCCCCCCAUUCAGCCGAUGAUAACAAACCAACCGCGCAAUUUAAACGUAAAGAAAAAGCAAAAAAAUUACAUCUCCAAGAUGAUGAUGAUGAUUUUGAAGUACCGAUUAAAGAGUUGAUAGGCAAAAGGGCCGAAAACACAAAAAAGAGGCCAAAGACUUCAAAUGACCAAAAUGAUGAUGACUUUGAGCCAGUAAAAAAGAAACCAUCAAAAGAAGACAAACAGAUGGAACCUAGAAAGGGGAAACAUACGAUUACCGAAGCGGAACCAAUUAGGACGGAACCAAGACCGUACUAUGAAUACCAUCAUGAUGUAAUAAGCCUACGGUGUAGUCCUUCGGGUUUCUUAGAUACAGUAAAACAAUUUACAGAAGCACAGGUAGCAGAUGUGAAAAGCAUAGGAUUUGGUGAUGUGCUUGAUAUAAAGGUUAAUCAUAUAAGCACACGUCUAGGUUAUUGGCUCGUACGAAACUAUGACGAGCAAUACAAUACAACAAACUAAGCAUAGGAAAUCAUAAGAUAGAAAUCACUCGAGAUUCAGUACACAGUGUGUUUGGUAUUCCAAAAGGGGAUGUUAUAGUACGGGAAAAAAUAAGCCUCGGAAAGGAGCAAUAGUCGCAAAAAAUACUGCUACUCAAGGGGCCGAAACAACAAUUGAUGAGUUCAAAAACCAGUGGCCGGACACAAACAAAAUCACUCAUACAUUAGUUGCAAAAACAAUGAAAAACAAACAAAUGGCGGCAGAUUGUUCAAGUUAAAUUUUCUAGCCUACUGGAACACUUUGUUUGUAGAGAUAACAAAGUCAACAACGGUUAAACAAAGUUUUCUGCUUGCCAUUGACAAAGAGGAAGACAUUUCAAAGCUGGAUUGGUGCUCCUUUGUUUUAGAAUCUCUCAAACGAACUAGACAAGGUUGGAAAAAACUAGACUCACAAUACAAUGGACCAGUUGCAUUUCUAACGCUUCUAUACAACCAUUAUUUCAACUCCAGGCACAAAAUUUUCGAUGAAGUUGUCAAACUACCUGUCAUAAAGUAUAUAACAUCGGGUAUGAUUGACGAAGUGGAAGAAUAUUUAUACAACAAUGGGCCGCUGAAUGUUGAUGAUUGUGAUGAAUUUGACAAAGAUGAAGAAACGCAUGACAAUCGCCAGGAUCAACAACAUGUGACUGCCUCAGACAUCAAUGAGGAUGAUCAUCAAAAUGAAGAGACUCCAACAACGCCAUUCAAAAUCGACAAUCAACAAACUUCAACGGUAUUCACGGACCUGUUCGGUGCCAACAUCCCAUUACACGAGGCAGCUGCGGUACAAGAAAACCUCACCGCAUUCGAUACUUCAGAUCAGCCUCGGACAGAUACGGAUGACUACUCAAUACCACCAGUGGAUACCACACAUGUCUACACAAGAAGAAACCUGGCUGGUGAAGAUUCGAUUGACGAAGGUUACAUACCAUCAACUACCGAUUGGUUUGAGGGCUGGAAUCCUAGUGAACAUAUUUCAGAUUUGAACCUAGAAGAAAUGGGCAUAGGGACACAAACGCAAAAAGAGCUUGACUACUGCAACACUCCGCUCCAACUAACCGGAGUAAUCUAUGAUCACGCUGCGUGGGAAGCCUCAAACAAAACUAAGAAGCUGUUGUUGAAAACAAUGGACAAGAAUAUAAAUAAAUACAUUUCGCUCGUUACGGAAAUGAAUAAUCUCGUUAAGGACUUAAAGGAAAAGUGUUUCUGGAAUCCAGAAAUAAUGAGAAUGUGUAAAAGAUGGGAUGAUGCGGUUAAAAAUACGGUGCCGACGAGAACUGAUCAAGUAAGCUCCGGAGGUGAAGAGGCGAUUCAAAACAAAGUUGGAGAGGGUGGCGAUACAAUUGAAGAGUUAGGAGGGGAUGGAGAUGCAACUGUGGAACACAAAAACACAGGAAAAACAAAAGGAUGUCAUGAUGUUGAUAAUAUGACAUAUGACGAUGGGGGUAUUUCAGACUCAUGUCUGGCUGCAUUACAAACCAUCGAACCAGGUGUAUACAAGCAGACACCAGAAGUGACACAAGCAGAUGUGGUACAUCAAAUGGACCAAGCUGUAAAUUUAGCAGAGUGCAGCCAGCAAAAAGCACAAAGUGGUAAAGAAAUGCCUCCAACCACAUCCGCUGAAGAACCUGAUGAAGUGACGGAUGCAGAAAUGCAGUCGGUAGAGACUCUUUUAAAAUUGGCUCCAAUCCUACAAACACCAAAUGAAAGAGAGCCCAACACUACGGUGUCUGCAAACACAAAGAAAACAGAUGACGAGAUACAUAAACAACUAACGGAUGACGAGAGACAUACACAACUAGUGAGAACGCGUCUCAAAAUGUUGAAGGAAAAGAACGAAAAACGAAUGGCAGAAUUAGGUGAAGCAUACAGAUCACCUUACUGCAACAGGAUAACCAACUUAUACGAGCUACUUCUGGAUCGUGACCAAACGAUCAUCUGUUAUCUCUUAGCCCCGGUAGAAGAUAUUGGGACAUUUAUAUACAAAUCUGAAAGUGGAUUCGAAGCACUAAAAAUCAUUUUUGAAAGCUUUCACCCAUCGCAAUACAUAGCUUCAAGUGGAGUGGACGCGUUUGUGGAUGUGUUAAACUUUGAAGAGAAAAAAAGGGACAAAAAAUCAUCACCCUACAGGCUGUUCUUGCCAAGUACAAUAUUUCAAGACGAAAUGUUUGGGCCAAAAUACUCAGACAAUGAUCGAUUGAAAGUAUUUGCACCAAUUGUAGACGAUAUACUGAGUAAGUAUCAGGUGAAGAAAGUUGACACAUUGGAUCUAAUCUUCAUUCCAGUACUACUAUCUGAUCAUUUCUGGUGCCUAUGCUUUCACUUGAAAAAAGGCGAAAUCGAGUUAAUUGAUAACUCUAGGUUUGACGAACCGUUUAGCAAACGCUGCCGUGGGCGCCCCGAAAAGCUGCAAAGAGUUCUAGGACUAUACCUAAAAGGCAAGAUUCGACAACAAGAGUGGAUAACAAACUUGGAAAGAGCAAGCAUAAUUCGAAAGGAAAUGGAUUGGAGAACUCUUCAAAAUGGUUGCGACUGUGGUGUCUUCACUAUGAGACAUAUGGAGACAUACAAAGGAAAAUCUCCAUGGAAUCCGGGGUUUGAGAACGGAGAUAAAAAGAAGAGACAAGAUUCUCAACUUCGAUUCUUGCGGUACCGAUAUUUUAGUAAGAUUGUAUUGUCCGACUACAAUCUUAUAAGGAAAGAAGUAUUCGAGAAAGCUAAGGAAUUUACGAAGAAAGCGAGCACCGUGGAUAUUUUGCGCGAUCUAGAUAACAAAAUUAAGGACCGCUUGGAUCAGUUCUUCAGUCUUAAAAAAGGGGAAAAAAUGCUGAGUCGUUAAACUACUUAGUUGAUGUUCUUUGUUGCAAAAAUCUUAGACAUGUUG